GCCUCAGCGUUACCAAAAGGAACGUCUGGGUCACCACAAUUAUAGCCAUUUUCAAUGGACACUUUUCACAAACAGGUGGUGAUCAUUACAGGAUGCUCCUCCGGCGGCAUCGGAAACGCCCUGGCCCGAGCUUUUGCAGCCAGGGACUGCCUAGUUGUCGCCACUGCGCGCACACUUUCUUCCAUGGCUGAUUUAAGCAAUGAUCCUGAUGUGUUUUUACUUCAGCAACUUGAUGUUCUGUCAGAUCAGAGCGUUCGAGAAGUUGUCGGUAAUGUAAUCGAUAAGUUUGGGCGUAUUGAUGUUGUUGUUAAUAAUGCUGGUGUUCAGUGUAUCGGUCCUCUUGCGGAAAUGCCUCUUUCUUCGAUUGAACAGACGUUCAACACAAACGUUUACGGUUCCAUGAGGUUGAUUCAAGCAGUUGUUCCUCACAUGGCAUCAAGGAAGAAGGGAAAGAUUGUGAACGUUGGAAGUGUGACUGUUAUGGCACCUGGACCAUGGUCAGGUGUCUACACUGCAUCCAAAGCAGCUAUACAUGCACUAACUGAUACAUUAAGGUUGGAGCUGAAGCCAUUGGGAAUCGAUGUUAUUAAUGUUGCACCUGGAGCUGUGAGAUCAAACAUUGGAAAUUCGGCUAUAGCCAACUACAAUAGGAUGCCGGACUGGAAAUUGUACAAGAAAUACGAAGCUGCAAUCAAAGAACGAGCGUAUUUUUCACAAAGUCAAAAGUCAAUGCCGUCGGAAGAAUUUGCAAACAAGACAGUAGCUGCCAUCCUGAAAGAAGAUCCCCCUUCUUGGUUCUCUUUGGGGGGUUACUCCACAAUAACAGCCAUCAUGUACUAUUUGCCUAUCUUUCUCAAAGAUUUCAUUUUAAGGAAAGCUAUGAAAUGUUAGUUUCUGUAACUUGUUCCACCACAUGCAUCAUGCAUCAUGCAUCAUGCAUCAUGCAUCAUGCAUAUACAUACACAUACACAUUCUAUUCCUGUAACCUGUGUGUUAUAAGAGAGUAUGAUCAAUUAAUCAGUUAUUCAAUAUCAUAUAGAA